CAUCAUCCCGACCAGAAAGUGCUCGAAGUACCACGGCCAACAAUCCCUCUGUUCUAGAAACCCGCCUGUGCACUCCCCCAGCUCCAAUUCCAACCCCCAUCAACUAUACAAGCUGAACAAACACCAUGGGUCGCCCAGACGGACCCCGCGACCCCAUCGCCGGCCCCGAAACACCACAACCACCCUUUCCAAUAAAGCUCCGAGGACCUGUAGUAAAAGGCUUCGGACGCGGAAGCAAAGAACUAGGUAUCCCCACCGCCAACAUCCCGCUCUCAGGCCUGAGCAUAGGCGGGCACGACGAGUUAGAAUCCGGCAUAUACUAUGGCUGGUGCACCCUGGACACAACCACAAUCCCCACCACCACAACCCCCUCCAGCGUCCCCAGCGCGACAGAUGACACCUCAGUCCCCACCCAAUCGUCAUCUCACGCCGUCCUCGACCUCGAAUACUCUUCAGAACCGCCCACGCCCUCCACCAUCUACCCCACCGUCCUCUCCAUCGGCUACAACCCAUACUACAAGAACAGCCAGCGCAGUAUCGAAAUCCACAUUCUGCAUAACUUCAAAGAAGACUUUUAUGGGGCGCAGCUCAGUCUGAUGAUAUUGGGGUUUAUACGGCCGGAGUACGAUUAUGUGAGUAAGGAGGCGUUGGUGGAGGAUAUUAGGGAGGAUAUUCGGGUGGCGCAGAGGAGUUUGGGGAGGGAGGGGUAUGAGGUUUGGAAGAGGGAUGAGUGGUUGAGGGGAGGGGAGGAUGUCAAGGUGAAUUGGAAUCAGGAGGGGCAGAAGGAUGGGAUGGGGGUUGCGCAGAUGAUUAAUUAGGGGUAGUGAGUGAUGGUGUUCGAGUUGAAACAGGGUUUAGGCAUGUGCGUAGCGAUGGAUGGUGG